AUGGUGAAUAGAAAUCAAAAUGCUGAUGAUAUCAUACGUCAAGUUCGACAUGACGAUGUGGCAGCAGAUAAUAACCUAGCAACUAUAGUCGAAAGGAUUAUGGUUCGAAAUGGGGUAAAUUUUGGCCUUAGAAGGCCAAACUAUACGUCGCCUUUAGCAGAGUAUAUCUUACAAGCGGAAGCACCCCCCAUGACCAAAAUCCCCAAAUUCACCAAGUUCGUUGGGGAUACUACUAAGUCUACUGUUGAACACGUGGCAAGAUAUUUAAUCGAGUCUGGAGAUAUGUCAAAUGACGAGAGCCUUAGGAUGAAAUUUUUUCCAAGUUCUCUUACGAAGAAUGCUUUCACAUGGUUCACAACCUUGCCCCAAAAUUCGAUCCACACAUGGAACCAACUGGAAAGAAUGUUCCAUGAGCAGUUCUACAUGUGGCAAACGAAGAUAAGUUUGAAAGAGUUGGCUAGUGUCAGACGAAAGUUCACUGAGCCAAUUGAUGACUAUCUGAACAGAUUUCGACUACUUAAAGCCAGGUGUUUUACGCAAAUACCAGAGCAUGAAUUGGUCGAAAUGGCUGCUGGGGGCCUUGACUAUUUGACUAGAAAGAAAUUAGAUACUCAAUACCUAAGGGAUAUGACCCAAUUAGCUCACAGAGGACCUGGUGUAGAGUGCCAUCCAGAGGGAAGACUCAAGUUCGGAGACAAAACACGAAGCCAAAUGAAGACCGACUCCGAUCCUCUACAAAUAGCUGAGGCUCAUUAUACUGAGCCAGAAGAAGUGAACCUUAUUGAAGUCGCUGAUGAUUUUUACAUGACAGAAGUCACUGGAGAUUUCGUCAAUGGACCUGUUAUGUCUAGGGUUCAUGAGUACUUCGAGCAAGCACCUUUUGAUGAUUUCGCCCAAAAGGAUACAGGGGAUGUCAACAAGGGAAAUGUUGAAGUCUCGGAUGUCGAGGACGUUGGAAGUUCAAAGUUAAUGAUGAUUACUAAAGAAACAACUGAUAAUUUCAUUCAGAUGGACAAGGCCACUGACGACCUUCAAAAAUAA